AUGCCUUCAAUCGAAAUAACUAACCACUACAACAUCCUGGAGGUCCCUUUCCAUGCAAGCCUCAAGGAUAUCAACCACGCUUACAAACGACUCGCCUUGAAGCACCACCCAGACAAAGCAGUAGAUGGCGACGUCGACAAGUUCCAACAGAUCCAAGAAGCCGCCGAAACCCUCCGCGACCCCUACCGCCGCAAAAAGCACGACCACGACCUCCGCGCUCAACGGAUCAGGCAAGCCUACGCAGACGGCCCCAACAACGCAGACCGUAACGGCAGAGGCUUCUACACAAAAUGGAUGCCGCGCACCUUCGGGACGCAAACUAAAGCGGACUUUCGCUACAUGUAUAGCUAUGCAAACAGCGUGCAUAUGGAUCCGUACUCUAGAGAGUCGGGGGAGGAGAGGGAUAGGAUUGAGAGGGAGAAGAGGAUUGAUGAGAUGUUGAGAGAGCGGGGGAGGGUUUCUGCUGAGGAUGUGCUGCGGCAGUUUGAGCAGGAGAGGGAGGCUGAAGAGCGGCGUCCGGAGAAAGAGAGGAGGCGCCAGGAGGCUUAUAGGGCAAGGCUUGGGCGUGAGGAGGAGUCUGAUGGUGGUGAGGGAUUGGUUAAGAAAAAGAGUGAGGAGGAGCGGGCAGAGAAGGCUAUGGAAAAAGAGGAACAGCAGGUUGAACAUAAGGAGGAGCUUGGAGAGAAGCAUGAAAAGGAACGGGAAGGUGAAUAUGAAGAACAUGAAGUUGCACAUGGAGAGGAGCUUGGACAGGAUGAGAAUAUGCAACAGGCUGAAUACAACUCUGCGCCGUCUGCGGAUGAACAGGUCCCCGACGAUCAUGGAAACGAAGAAGACAAUCAUUCUUCGAAUUUCUCAGGAGAAGUAUCGUCCGAGUAUGGCACCGCGCAAGAGAGCGAGUAUCUGCACUCCGACGAAGACGAUGACGGCUUCUCCUGCCACAAAUCCACCAUCGACGAAGACGACAUCACCAUGUUCUUCGACUGCGCCGAAGAAAAAUCUUCUCGUACCAACAACCCCGAAACCACUGAUACCGACUCUUCCGAGGAAGAAUCCGAAACAAGUGACGAGGAAAUUGAACACGAAGGCAACCCCGUCAACAACUACGCCAACAAAUCCAGCCUCCUAGCCCCCUUCAUUCCGCACUUCAUGACAAAGCUCAACGACCCCAGCGGAAAAUACACCGAAAAUGACCUUCAAAUCGAGCUCUGCGGCAUAGUCAUGGAAGCCUACUGCGGCUGGCUCGAGGGUCAGUGUGCUACCUUUUCCGCUGCGAAGCCUCAGCCUCAGCCAUCUCUUUUUACUUCGGAUGCCACUCGCUCUUGUCUGCAUCUCGGAUAUUGGAAGAAAGAGUUCGAGCGUCCCGAGUGUGAGAUGUGUCACCGUUGGAAGCCGAUUUUCACGCUUAGUUGUCCUGGCUGUGGAAUCAAGGCGUGCGUGGGGUUUACUGGGAAUACUGGGGAGAAAUGUCGUCUUUCAGAUAUCGAUAUGCCUUGA